GAUAUCCCCAAACCGGAGUACAAUUGUCCUCGCACCCAAACGCGGAGGCACGAAAACCAGAGGUCGCUAAAUUGAGCGCCGAAACCGAAACCAGCCCCCAUUUUCGGUUCUCGGGCGAGCGCCGAGAAAGGGGAACAAUCAUAUCACACUGAGUGGUGUUGAACAGCACAAAAAACCAAAAUCCCAUAAAUCCCAGCAGCUAAAAGCUCAAUGCUUUAAUUUUAUUAUCUGCUAUUCACCGGAAAUCCAAGUGGAGAACUUAGUCUUGGAGCUUACUUCAGCAGUAAUGGCGGAUGAAGGCGCGGCUUCUCAUAAAAGAGACCCCAUAAAGUCAUCAGUUGGGAAUACUGCAGCACAAAGAAGACGGGAGAAUGCAGUUACAGUGGGGAAAGAAAGAAGAGAAACGCUGAUGAGAACAAAGCGCCUUUGCAGGGUGGGGAUUACUGGUGAUUCUGAUGUUGCUCCUGAAGCUGAUAUGAUGAUUGACGAAGAGCAAUCUAUUUUGGAGGUUCAGACUUCAUCAGCUGUGGAAGAAUUAAAACUUGCUGUUGCCCAUCAGGGGAAAGGUGCUGUACAGAAAAGAGUGAAUGCUCUCCGUGAGCUAAGACGUCUGCUUUCUAGGUCAGAAUUCCCUCCUGUUGAAGCUGCCCUCGAGGCUGGAGCUCUGCCUCUCCUUGUGAAAUGUCUUUCAUUUGGGUCUCCAGAUGAACAGUUGCUUGAAGCGGCUUGGUGUCUUACAAAUAUAGCAGCAGGAAGGCCUGAUGAAACAAAAGCUUUGUUGCCCGCAUUACCUUUGCUUAUUGCUCAUCUAGGAGAAAAGAGUUCCUCGCCUGUUGCGGAGCAAUGUGCAUGGGCAUUAGGAAAUGUUGCCGGUGAAGGGGAGGAAUUGAGAAGUGUUCUCCUAUCACAAGGAGCGUUGCCACCUCUGGCAAGAAUGAUGUUUCCAAACAAGGGAUCAACCGUGACAACUGCAGCUUGGGCAUUGUCAAACCUGAUUAAGGGACCAGACCCUAAAGCAGCAACAGAGUUGAUAAGAAUUGAUGGUGUACUUGAUGCAAUUCUUCGGCAUUUGAAGAAAGCAGAUGUUGAGUUGGCCACUGAAGUAGCAUGGGUCGUUGUGUAUCUCUCCGCCCUGUCAAAUUUUGCUACCAGCAUACUUGCAAAGAGCGAUCUCCUUCAAAUUCUGAUAGAAAGGUUGAACGAGACAAAUAGCCUGCAGCUGCUUAUCCCGGUCCUACGGAGUUUAGGUAAUCUUGUGGCUGGUGAAACUCGUAUAACUAAUGCUGUUCUUGUCGCUGGAAACGAGAUAACAGAUGCGUUUAUCCAAGCACAGGUGAAGUGUUUGAAAAGCGAACAUCGUAUCUUGAAGAAGGAAGCAGCUUGGGUACUAUCUAAUCUAGCAGCCGGGUCUGCAGAACAUAAGAAAUUAAUACAUUCAAGCGAUGCGUUGGCAGUGUUAUUGCACCUUCUUUCGACAGCACCUUUUGACAUAAAAAAGGAGGUAGCAUAUGUUCUGGGCAACCUCUGUGUUGCCCCGGAUGACGGUUCUGGAAUGCCAAAGUUGAUACUGGAACACUUGGUUUCCCUCGUGGGAAGAGGAUGCCUUUCCGGAUUCGUUGAUUUAGUAAGGUCAGUCGACGCUGAGGCUGCAAGACUCGGGAUGCAAUUUCUUGAGCUGGUUCUAAGGGGAAUGCCAAACCGCGAGGGCCCAAAGCUGGUGGAGAAGGAGGAUGGCAUCGAAGCCUUGGAGCGAUACCAAUUCCACGAAAACGAAGAACUGAGGGGCAUGGCUAAUGAGUUGCUGGACAAGUACUAUGGGGAUGAGUAUGGACUUGAAGAGUAGAAAGAGCAGUGAUGAUGUAUUCUGCAAAUGUUUACUGGAAUUUUGAUGUCUCUCCUCUUGUGUGCCAAAACUCUAGCCCCCUUGAAACCAUUCUGCUGUACUGCCUUUUGUACAAAUAUCAAAUAGGUGGAGAGUUUUAAAUGCCAUUGGUUCAAGUCAUUCUUGACAUUUUAUACCAAGAUUGUGACAUUUUCA